AUGGCUACUAUUGCCAAACAGCCUGCGGAGAUAUGGUUUCUUUACGGUAUUGACAUUCUUAUGAUUGCCGCUCGGGUGUUUUGUCGCACGCAAUUAGUCGGUUGGAGAGGUUAUCAGCCUCAUAAUUACCUUGUCCUCAUUGUUACAAAAAAGAGCAUAGUCUGGCUAGAUCCUGGAUUUGUCAUGGGUAUCCGAGCGAAGCUCUGGAAAAAGUUCGGCCUUUGCAUUUUAUUUAGCUUGGGAUUCUUUUGUAUGACUGCUGCAAUUCUCCGAUUUGUCCUCAUCUUGAAGGCCAGUAUUUUAUCAUUCACUCCCCAAUUGUCGCUGAUCGUCCUCCAGCUGGACCAACGUGGCGAAUCUGUUCUAUGGUCCCUUCGUAAAGAUUGCAUCGGCAUCUUUGUCGGUCAAGCUCCCAUGAUAACACCCCUUUUCAAACGCCGCUUCUGGAUCACCACAGGCUAUUUAUCACCAAAGACAGAAACAAGGAGGAAGAGUAGACAGCCGCAAGAGGCGAACAGGCGUGGCAGCUAUCCUCUGUACUGGCUAACGCGACGGCCAAAUUACGCAGCACCGGACCCUUAUUCCAUCACCGCCAUCGAGUCGAUAUCAGAGAGUCAGGAAGAUAUUGUGAUGAGAACUUCUGGUCUUCCGGCGAGAUUGGAGCCACUUUAUGAUUCAUCGAAUGAGAUUAUUGUUGAGAGGAGGGUUGAUAUCGAGGCUGCUGACGGGACAAUCACGGUCGUGACGAAAAGAUCUGAGGUGGUCAUAGGGCAGAAACAGUUUGUAUAA